ACCACCGCUCCUUCUCCUCCUUCCCUCGACCACCCAACCGCCCGUUACGAACGACUUUACGAUAACGACCACUACGAACUAAACUUAUAGACUUUUACCCGCUAAGAUCGAAAUAGAAACAAAACUGCGACGAUGGGGAUCGUGGAGAGUAUCGGCUCAGAGUUCAAAACCAGGAACUUCAGUAUAUACGGUCAAUGGACGGGCAUCAUAGCAAUUCUACUUUGUAUCGCCGUCGGCAUUGCAAAUGUUUUCCAUGCUUCUCUCCUCAUUAUCUUCUCGGUCAUUUGCUUAGUUUCUGGUCUUCUGCUUAUCUUCAUCGAAAUCCCACUUCUUCUGCGCAUUUGCCCAACUUCAAAGAAAUUCGACGACUUUGUGCGUAAAUUCCAUUCAAACUAUGGACGUGCCGGUAUCUACUUGAUUAUGGCUACUGUCCAGUGGGUCAGCAUCGUUAUCGAUGCGUCUAGUUUGAUUGCCGCAGCGGUAGUCUUGACCUUUGCUGGUUGUUUCUACGGUUUGGCUGGUCUUAAGGGACAAGAGUUCAUGGGAAGCAAGACAUUGGGUGGGGCUGGUGUCGCACAGAUGAUCGUCUAAAGGAAGCCAGCAGGGUGCUUUAUGUAGAGGAGGCACGCUGGGCAGGCGAUAAGGCACCAGGAAGGGUGUCGUAUGAAAUGUCAGGGGAUGAGCGGAUGUUCUUUUCAUGAGUGUGGAUGGGAUUCGUUUUCUACUCUCUUUUUUCUUUUUUUCUUUUUUUGGUGAUGGGACAUGGAUUUCUCUUUUCUUUCCUUUUUCUCUUGCUUCCCUUGCCCGCUCUUCGAAUUACUCGAUGGUGCGUUUUAAUGAAUUAGCGGAUAGCUUUUGUCUGCUUCUUUUCGCAUCUUUUCCUCGUUACCCGAUCUGGCGUUCCCCAUGCCAUUGAUAGUGGGGAUGGAGCUAUCAUAUCCCUAAAAGGAUGAAAGGAAGGGCGUUCCUUUUCAUCCCAAGGCGAGGGUCUCGAAAAGAAGAAAAAAGGUUAGGAUAACCUCUGGCCGUGGGAGCUUCCUGCGUUGUAUGUUUCUGGGCCAUCUUGAUGAGUUUUUCAAUAUUUCCUCCUCUUUGUUCUCUUCGGCCGGGCAGGCCUUUUUCCUCAAUGUAAGCUACCGUAUGUUAUUGUACUUUUUUCUUUUAGCCCUGCCGAAAGCGCCAUUA